AUGGCGGACACGGAAGUUCAGAUGCCCGAAAAGAAGCACAGAAAAUCUGUCGCGUUCAGCGAGGGUGCCACAGUUAUGGAUGCGAACGGCUCGAUCACCGAGGCGGAUCACACACCAAAGACCACUGCUGAAAAGCAUUCGGCCACAUCCCCAGAUAAGGACGUUGACGAAGUGACAGAGCUUUUCAAGGGCCUGUCGAAAAAGAAGAAGUCCUCGAAGAAGAAGGAUGCAGAAGCAGCAGACGGUGUGGAUGCUGCCACCGAUGGCGCUUUCGACCCGUCGACUAUGAAAAAGAAAAAGAAGAGUAGCUCGAAAAAGAAGGUCGCUGACGCCGGAGAUUUCGAGGCCAAGCUCGCUGAAGCUGGUCAUGCUCCCGAGGAAGAAGCUGCUCCCGAAGAGCAGCCGUCUCCUGAACAAAUCGCACAGGACCUCGAGAGUGGAACUGGUAUCUGGGCACACGACGCGACACAGGCGAUCCCCUACUCGUACCUUGUCACCCGCUUCUUUAGUCUCAUUCACAGCCAUCAUCCGGAUUUGUUGGCUAGUGGAUCGAAGUCUUAUAAGAUCCCGCCACCACAGUGCCUGCGUGAAGGUAACCGGAGGACCAUCUUUGCCAAUAUCGCUGAUAUUUGCAAGAGAAUGAAACGAUCAGAGGACCACGUUAUGCAGUUCUUGUUCGCUGAAUUGGGUACUAGCGGCUCCGUCGACGGUAGUCGCCGAUUGGUUAUCAAGGGUCGUUUCCAGCAGAAACAAAUUGAGAAUGUUCUAAGACGAUACAUCGUCGAAUACGUCACGUGCAAGACCUGCCGUAGCCCCGACACCGAGCUCAACAAGGGAGAAAAUCGCUUGUACUUCGUUACUUGCAAUUCCUGUGGCAGUCGUCGUAGCGUCACUGCUAUCAAGACGGGUUUCCGUGGCCAGGUCGGAAGGAGAAAGAGACAGCAGUAG